AUGAAAUACUUUUAUUUGCCCUUCUUUCUCUUCUUUUCAGCAAUCAUCACGUUCUUCUUUCUGUUUCGCACUUCGAACAACACACUGAAAUACACUUCCAACAUUGAGGCUCCCGUGCAACCGCGGACUUAUUUCAAGAACUCGUUAAUCGAUUUUUCUCUUUUAAAUUACAAAGGGGAGUGUGGGAAGGUCUUUAAAUAUCCACCAAACAACAACCACGACGUAGUUAUCACUUCAUUUGAAUUAUCUGCUGGCAAAUGCUUUCCUGGACAGAUGUGGACGACCUUUGAGAGUGUCCGUUCAGCGUCCCCCAAUGCUCGGUUUGUGUUCCUACUCUUCAACGACCCGACACACUGUCGCGGGUAUAAGAAGCGACUGGACGAUUUAAGGGUUGAACCCGUUUAUGUUAAACCUACAAGCCGGGGGCAUGCCGUUGUUUUGCGAUACGUCGAGUACUACAAAUACUUAGCAGAACACGUCUCAGAGUUUGAUCGAGUAGUACUGAUGGACGCGCACGACGUCCUCUUUUUCGAUGACUUCUUCGCGACGUUCUCAAAAGACGAAGCUCAGUGGCUGACGGAAUGUUAUGGAACAAACAAGAAGAGGUGUUUAACAGCUAAGAACUACAAGUUACAUGGAAAGUGGUUACAAAGAUAUUUCUCUGAGGAGAUGAGGAAACGAUUUGAAGACAACGACUUGACAACUAUUAAUGGAGGAUUCGGGUUUGGGGGGGCUAAGAUAUGGUCGAACGUGUAA